AUGAGUAAGUACAUGAAUUUGAUCAAAGAAGAAAUAAAGUCAUUAAAAUGGUUUGUGCUUGACCAAGUACCCAGGUCGGAAAAUCAUCAAGCAGAUGUCCUUUCCAAGCUAGCCAGUUCGACUGAAGGAGAUAUGCCAAGAACUGUGUUCUGGGAGGUCAAAUCGGCCAAGAGCAUUGAUUCCAAGGAGGUCCUGUUUCUCAGCCGGGAAAACGAAUGGAUGAGCCCCAUCAUUGAGUAUAAGAAAACAGGCCGGCUGCCCAUUGAUCCCCUGGAAGCCAAAAAGGACGGGAUGGAAGUCCUGAAAGAGCUGCAUGAGGGAGCUUGUGCCUCCCACAUUGGGGGAAGGGCGUUAGGAGAAAAAUCUUUAAGGACUGGCUACUUUUGGCUGACUUUGAAGGAGGACGAUUUGCUUUAUGCAAAGAAAUGUGAUAGUUGUCAAAGGCAUGACAACGUCUAUCAGAAGUCGUCCAACUACUUAACUCCAGUCCUUUUCCCUCUUCCCUUUGCCAAAUGGGGAAUGGAUAUUCUUGGCCCUUUUCCUAUAGCAGCCGGCCAGAAAAAGUUUAUAAUAGUAGUCGUCGACUACUUCACAAAAUGGGUGGAACCUGAAGCUAUGAGAGGAAUUACCACCAAUGACGUCAAAGGGUUUUUUGAAACACCCAAGCUCCGUCAAUGGUUCGCCGAUCAAGGAAUUAAGGUCCACUUUUUUGCAGUCGCCCAUCCCCAGGCCAAUUGGCAGGUUGAAGCUUUCAACAAAAUUUUAUCAGCAGGAAUUAAAAAGAAGCUAGAUAAUGCAAGAGGAUUAUGGGUAGAAGAGUUACAGUUGGUCUUGUGGUCAAUUCGAACCACGGCCAAGAGCUCGACUGGAGAAACUCUGUUCAUGCUCGUUUAUGGUGCUGAGGCCGUUCUCCCUAUUGAAGUCGAAGAGCCGACUCUGCGAGUCAUGUUGUAUUCAAAGGACGCCAACUGGGCUGCUCUGAGGACAGCGUUGGAUCAAGUUCCUGAAGUCAGGGGCAAUGCACUUCUAAGGAUGCAACUCUAUAAAUUAAGAAUGGCUAGAGAGUUUAACAAGAGAAUUGCUAGGCGGCCAUUGAAGGAAGCAGACCUCGUCCUGAGGAAAAUGGAAGCAGUUGGCCGGGCCAAGAAGCUGGGUAAGCUCACUCCAAAAUAG